AUGCGGCCGCAGUUGUUCCGUGCGGCCGCCCGGUCUGUCCGGGUUCCAAAGGUUAAUUAUCCUAGGACCUUCGCGACAACAGCUCCUCGGUCAGCUGAGGUGGAACUCACAAUUGACGGAAAGAAAGUCUCAGUAGAAGCGGGUUCGGCUCUUAUCCAGGCCUGUGAGAAAGCAGGAGUGACAAUUCCAAGAUACUGUUAUCAUGAAAAACUGUUAAUUGCAGGCAACUGCCGCAUGUGUCUUGUGGAAGUUGAGCGUGCUCCUAAACCUGUGGCAUCAUGUGCUUGGCCUGUACAGCCUGGAAUGAAUGUCAAGACUGAUUCACCACUUGUGCACAAGGCAAGAGAGGGUGUAAUGGAGUUUCUUCUUGGUAACCAUCCUCUUGACUGUCCCAUCUGUGACCAGGGGGGAGAAUGUGAUCUCCAGGACCAAUCAAUGCGCUAUGGUGCUGACCGGGGGCGUUUCCAUGAGAUUGGGGGCAAGCGAGCUGUUGAAGACAAAAAUAUUGGACCUUUGAUAAAAACAUCUAUGAACCGGUGUAUCCACUGCACCCGUUGUGUUCGGUUUAUGAAUGAUGUUGCAGGUGCUCCAGAGCUCGGAACAACGGGCAGAGGGAAUGAUAUGCAAAUCGGAACUUAUUUGGAACAAAAUCUCAACUCUGAACUUUCCGGAAACGUCAUUGAUCUCUGUCCUGUUGGUGCUCUUACCUCAAAGCCAUAUGCUUUCCGUGCUCGCCCCUGGGAACUGAAGCACACAGAAUCUAUUGAUGUUCAUGACGCUUUGGGCUCUAACAUCAGGAUAGACACCAGGGGCAUGGAAGUCAUGCGUAUACUUCCAAGGCUAAAUGAUGACAUAAAUGAGGAGUGGAUCAAUGAUAAGUCUCGAUUCGCGUGCGAUGGCUUAAAGACUCAAAGGCUCACCACACCACUUGCUCGAAAGGAUGGAAAAUUUGUUCCACUGACUUGGGAACAAGCACUGAGCGAAAUAUCGUCCACUCACCAAAAACUGCAGCCAAAGGAGAAUGAAUUCAAAGCCAUUGCUGGGCACCUUGUCGAUGCCGAGUCUCUUGUGGCCAUGAAAGACUUGGCUAAUAAACUUGGAUCCGAUAAUUUAGCUCUCGAUCAGGCUGGAGGCAAUUUACCCAUUGCUCAUGGUAUUGACAUUCGUUCCAACUACCUGUUCAACUCUAAAAUAUACGGAAUUGAGGAAGCAGAUGCUAUCCUUCUGGUUGCUACAAACCCUCGCCAGGAGGCUGCUGUCCUCAACGCGCGUAUCCGCAAACAAUAUCUUCGUUCUGAACUCGAGAUCGGCCUGGUUGGAGAAGAGUUUGAAAGCACAUUCGAAUAUGACCAUCUUGGCUCUGAUAUACAUGCCCUGAAAGCUGCUCUCUCAGGGAAAUUUGGCGAUAAACUUGCUUCCGCUAAGCGGCCCAUGAUCAUUGUCGGCAGUGCUGCGACUGAGCACCAAGAUGCGAGAUCAAUAUUUGAAACAGUUGGCGGCUUUGUAGAGAAACAUUCGAAGAAUUUCAAUACUCCAGAGUGGCAGGGCUACAACGUUCUUCAACGUGCUGCAUCACGUGCUGCGGCUUACGAAGUUGGCUUUACUACACCAUCUCCAGAAGUCGCCCAAGCGAAGCCUAAGAUUGUCUGGCUUCUUGGAGCUGACGAAUUUAGCGCAAAUGACAUCCCUAGUGAUGCAUUUGUCAUCUAUCAAGGACACCAUGGCGAUCGUGGUGCUCAGCUGGCUGAUAUUGUCCUCCCUGGCGCUGCCUACACUGAGAAAUCUGGCACUUAUAUAAAUACUGAGGGUCGCGUGCAAAUCACUCGUGCAGCCACUUCUUUACCUGGCACUGCGCGUGAUGACUGGAAAAUUAUACGCGCCGUCAGUGAGUUUCUUGAUGCGCCUCUACCUUACGAUGAUAUCGAGGCUCUUCGUGACCGCAUGGAAGAGAUCAGUCCCGUCCUGCGCCGAUAUGACGUUGUGGAGCCAACUUCCUUAAGCUCAUUGGGCAAAGUUCAAUUAGUAGAUCAGAAUAAGGGCAUUCAGCCUACUGAAACCCCUUUCACGAAUGCCAUUGAAGACUUUUACUUUACUGACUCGAUCUCCCGAAGUUCACCAACCAUGGCUCGCUGCUCAGCAGCUAAGGCCGCGGGAAAUCCAGAAACAAAUUUCAUGGCCGCCGGUGAAAUGUCCCCACAGGCUUUGUACGGCUGA